AUGCUGGGGACCAAGCUCUACUACCUAGACUGCAACAUCAGGGUGUGCAACCCCCGGCAACGGCGCGAGGCGCCCGUAUUCAGUGGGCGCAUAUGGUUCAACAGCCUUAUGCAGUUUAUUGAGGCUGUCGAGCAGAAACUACAGUCUUUUGUGUCAACUGUGGACCAGAUGAAGAUUUGGUAUCGCAAGCAAGGAGGAAAAUAUCGCUCCAUACAUGUCCCUGAACAGGAAUUCCUAGAUACUUGCAGCAACUCUAAUGUAAUUGUCUCCUAUUUUCUCCACGGCCCGUCCUCGUCUCCCAUGAAAAGAAGUCCUCCUUUGCUUGCACAGAAAGCAGAUGGCUCUUCUGAGAAUAUCGUCUCUAUUGUCCUCAAUCUAAAAGAUACGUUUUCCACUUGGUCGGGUCCCAACCAGAGCUGGAUAGAGUUAGCACGGUACUAUAAGGCCUCGCAUUUAACGGGCAAAGAGCUAAUAGACAUUCCACAGGACUGCCGCUCUCUAUUUACAGUUGAGCAAGACAAGGCCGUGAGCUCCGUUGGGGUGAACACGUCGUCCGUUGACAGCGUUUCGGUAAGCACGUCAAUGCCCCCAGCACCAGCAGAAGCAGCAUCCCGGCCUUCUACUAACGAGCGCACAUCAUCUAAAGGAAAAGCAAAGUCUGUAAGCGUGUCGACCACUACACUGCCUGUAUCUGUGACAGAGACAGGAACAGAAAUGGACAUGGGUCUCCUACCGCAACCAAAAAAUCAACUUCCUUACAGCUUUUAUGUCGACAAUAGCCAGUAUGGCAGCAUCUAUCAGCAGCACUUUGUCUCACAGCCCGUCGGUCCAGCGGUACCAGUGGAAAAGAACCAUAGCUUCAACAAUGCCGCUGACUUUGGCGAUCUACGAACACACAAACCCAUCACUCAGUCUGACUCUUUGGUGCAUCUUACAAUACCAAAGGUGUCGGCCAAGGCAGCAUAUAUAAUUACCGGGGUUGUGUACGCUGAUAUACAGGCUCGUGAAGAAGUUUAA